UGAGCCCGGGCGCCCAGGCGAGGAGCCCACAGACGACCGACGUGCGGACGGACGCGCGGACCAGAAGACCCACCGGCGGCGCGGGCACGGGGCCGCGAGCAGCAGGCCUUGGACUCAGGCCACACAGGCCUUCAUCGCCGGCCACGACCGAGGACGCCAUGAGCCAGUUGGGGUCCGUCAGCUGCUGCCCCGGUGCUGCCAAUGGCAGCCUGGGCCGGUCCGACGGUGUGGCCAAGAUGAGUGCCAAGGACCUGUUUGAACAGAGGAAGAAGUACUCCAACUCCAACAUCAUCAUGCAUGAGACCUCCCAGUACCAUGUCCAGCACCUGGCCACGUUCAUCAUGGACAAGAGUGAGGCCAUCGUGUCGGUGGAGGACGCCAUCCGGAAACUGGUGCAGCUGAGCUCCAAGGAGAAGGUCUGGACGCAGGAGAUGCUGCUGCAGGUCAACGACCAGUCCCUGCGGCUGCUGGACGUGGAGUCCCAGGAAGAGCUGGAGAACUUCCCGCUGCCCACCGUGCGACACAGCCAGACGGUGCUGGACCAGCUGCGGUACCCGUCCGUGCUGCUGCUGGUGUGCCAGGACUCGGAGCAGAGCAAGCCCGACAUCCACUUCUUCCACUGCGACGAGGUGGAGGCGGAACUCGUGCACGAAGACAUCGAGAGCGCGCUGGCCGACUGCCGUCUGGGGAAAAAGAUGCGGCCGCAGACCCUGAAAGGCCACCGGGAGAAGAUCCGGCAGCGGCAGUCGGUCCUGCCCGCCCCCCAGGGCCCGGCCCCCAUCCCCUUUCAGCGCCAAGGCGGUGACUCUCCGUCCAGCAAGAACCGAGUGGGCCUGCCCGCGCCGCUCAGCGAGCCCAGCUUCCGCCGUCGGGAGUCGCAGGACGAGGAGCCGCGGGCUUUGCUGGCUCAGAAGAUAGAGAAGGAAACGCAAAUCCUCAACUGCGCCCUGGAUGACAUCGAGUGGUUCGUGGCUCGGCUGCAGAAGGCGGCCGAGGCUUUCAAACAGCUGAACCAACGCAAGAAGGGGAAGAAGAAGGGGAAGAAGGGGCCAGCAGAGGGCGUCCUUACGCUCCGGGCACGGCCCCCCUCCGAGGCCGAGUUUAUCGACUGUUUUCAGAAAAUCAAGCUGGCUAUCAACCUGCUUGCCAAGCUGCAGAAGCACAUCCAGAACCCCAGCGCGGCAGAACUGGUGCACUUCCUCUUCGGACCGCUGGACCUGAUCGUCAGCACCUGUGGGGGCCCGGACAUCGCGUGCUCCGUCUCCAGCCCCAUGCUUUCCCGUGACGCCGUGGGCUUCCUGCGAGGCCACCUAGUCCCCAAGGAGACGACGCUGUGGGAGUCACUGGGGGAGACAUGGACACGCCCCCGCUCUGAGUGGCCACGGGAGCCGCAGGUACCCCUCUACCUGCCCAAGUUCCACAGCGGCUGGGAGCCACCCCUGGACGUGCUGCAGGAGGCGCCCUGGGAAGUGGAGGGGCUGGCGUCGGCCCCGGAUGAAGAGCCGACUCCAGUGAGCCGACUAUCCUUUCGAAACUCCCCAAAACACAGCGUCACGUCAGAGCCCGCGCCCCCGGGGGACAGCCUCCCAUCAGUCAGCGCCCCGCAUGCUCACAGGGGCUACGAACCUGCACCCGCUAUGGCCAAGUACGUCAGGGUCCUCUAUGACUUCACGGCCCGUAAUGCCAACGAGCUGUCGGUGCUCAAGGACGAGGUCCUGGAGGUGCUGGAAGAUGGCCACCAGUGGUGGAAGCUUCGGAACCGCAGUGGCCAGUCUGGCUACGUGCCCUGCAACAUCCUGGCUGAGAUUCGUCUGGAGGAGGCGCCCCCGGGGCAGGCCAGUCUGAAAUACUGGGGUCCUGCCAGCCCCACCCACAAGCUGCCCCCAAGCUUCGCGGGGAAUAAAGAAGAGCUGAUCCACCACAUGGACGAGGUCAACGAUGAGCUCAUCAAGAAGAUCAGCAACAUCAAAGCGCAGCCGCAGCGGCACUUCCGCGUGGAGCGCAGCCAGCCCGUGGGCCUGCCGCUCACCUACGAGUCCGACCCUGACCAGGUCCGCGCGUGGCUGGAAGCCAAGGCCUUCAGCCCACGGGUCGUGGAGAGCCUGGGUAUUCUGACGGGGGCCCAGCUCUUCUCGCUCAACAAGGGGGAGCUGAAGAAGGUGUGUGGAGAGGAGGGGUUCCGCGUGUACAGCCAGCUCACCGUGCAGAAAGCGGUCCUGGAGAAGCAGCAAGGUGGCUCGGAGCUGGAGGAACUCAUGAGCAAGUUUCAUUCCAAGAACCAGAGGAGAGGGGAGGAGGACAGCUAGAGCCGGCUGGCCGGGCCCGGCGCCCGCGGCGGGGCCCAGCCCAGUGCAUGGAGUAGUAUUUUUGUACGUGUGUGUAUAUUUUAUACCGUGGACACGGGUGGUGGGGGGUGCUGGCUGGCACCUCACGGCACAUGGCCUGUCCUCGGGCUCGCCAGUGCCUCGGCUGGCAUCUGCCUGCCCCAAGGCCCUCUUCCGCCAAACUAGCCACCUGGAGAUGCCAGCCCCUCAGGCACUGUCCCCGAAGCCAGAGCCCCUUCGCCCUACCCCCUUCCCUGCUUUCGGACCCCUCUCCUUGAGGCCACAGAGCCCUCAGGAGGCGGCCAGGGACUUAGCCUUUGCCCCCCCGCCCCAUUCACACGAGGGCUCCUCCUGAUGCUUAUGACCCCAGCCCCAACCACAUGCCCUUGGCUGCUACUUCUCAUGUGCCUGAGGAUGGGCUGUGGGCCAGAAGGGCAGCAGACCUCAGCUACCCCGGGCGCUGAGUGGGGCCCCGCCCCCAGGUAUGGCCCACAGCCCCCACCCAGGGCACUGUGCCCCAAAGGUGGCCGGGGGGUGGCUCCAGGCUCCCCUGGAGGAGGCCACAUGCUGAACUCCCUCCACCCUUGCAAGGAGAAAGGAGCGAGGAGGGACUGGAUAUACUGUCACCCAAGCACGGCCUCAGACACCCCCACCCCGAUGCCACUCCCACCCCCAAGGCAGAGCCCAAGAAAGGAACUUUCUCUGACCAGGUCUCAGGCCAGGCUCGUGUGCUGUGUGGGUGGUGGGUGAGCCUUGGAGCCCUCAACUCUGCAGAGAUGACAGAUGACCGAGGUUCAAAGACCAUGUCAUUAAACCAAUUAAGUACACUAGCA